AUGGCAGCCAGUCAGCACGAUGACGACAACGACGGCGCCUCCUCCCCGCCGGCAAAGCUCCCGGAGCCGGAGUCCCCUCGUUUCGCCGUGCCGGUGGACUCCGAACACAAGUCCAAAACAUUCAACCCGCUCACCAUCUCCCACCCUCACAUGUCCACCUUCCACCUCGCCUGGCUCUCCUUCUUCACCACUUUCCUCUCCACCUUCGCCGCCGCGCCUCUGGUCCCCGUCAUCCGCGACAACCUCAACCUCACCAAGCCCGACAUCGGCGCCGCCUCCAUCGCCUCCGUCUCCGGCAGCAUCUUCUCCCGCCUCGUCAUGGGCGCCGCCUGCGACCUCCUCGGGCCCCGUUACGCCGCCGCGUUCCUCGUCAUGCUGACGGCGCCCGCCGUGUUCUGCAUGGCGCUGGUGGAGUUCGUGAUCGGGUUCUCGCUGGCGACGUUCGUGUCGUGUCAGUACUGGAUGAGCACGAUGUUCAGCGGGAGGAUCGUCGGGGUGGUGAACGGGACGGCGGCCGGGUGGGGGAAUAUGGGCGGCGGGGUGACGCAGCUGGUGAUGCCGCUGGUUUACGACGUGAUUCGGAGGUGCGGUGCGACGCCGUUUACUGCUUGGAGGAUUGCGUUUUUUGUCCCCGGGGUUUUGCAUGUGGCGAUGGGGAUUCUGGUUUUGAGCUUGGGCCAGGAUUUGCCCGACGGCAACCUUGGCGCCUUGCAGAGGAAAGGCGACGUGGCGAAGGAUAAACUGCCCAAGGUGUUGUGGUGUGCAAUCACAAAUUACAGAACGUGGAUCUUCUUCAUUCUUUAUGGAAUGUCCCUCGGCGUCGAAUUGACCACCGAUAACGUCAUCGCUGAAUACUUCUUCGACAGAUUCAACUUGAAGCUUCGAACGGCGGGGACAAUCGCCGCGACGUUCGGCAUGGCCAACAUCUUCGCCCGCCCGCUGGGCGGCCUCCUAUCCGACGUGGCGGCCCAGCACGUGGGGAUGCGGGGCCGUCUCUGGACCCUCUACAUCCUCCAAACCCUGGGCGGGCUUUUCUGCAUCUGUUUGGGCCGGGCCCAGACGUUGUUAUCCUCCGUGGUCUUCAUGAUCCUGUUCUCCAUCGGGGCCCAGGCCGCCUGCGGGGCCACGUUCGGCAUCAUCCCGUUCGUCUCCCGCCGCUCCCUCGGCGUCAUCUCGGGCCUCACCGGCGCCGGCGGGAACUUCGGGUCCGGGCUGACCCAGUACCUGUUCUUCACGAGGUCCGAGUACUCAUCGGCGGCGGGGCUGUCGCUGAUGGGGGCGAUGAUCGUGGCCUGCACGCUGCCGGUGGCGGCGGUGCAUUUCCCGCAGUGGGGGAGCAUGUUUUUCCCGGCGACGAAGGAUUCGGAGAAGGGGAGCGAGGAGUUGUAUUAUGGAGCGGAGUGGAGCGAAGAGGAGAAGGAGAGAGGGAUGCAUUUAGGGAGCCUCAAGUUUGCGGAGAAUAGCAAGUCGGAGAGGGGACGACGUGUCGUUUCGGCGGAUCCUCCAACGGCGUAAGGUUAAGCGGGCCAGGCCCAUUGUAUACUUAUUGGGCUUUAGAAGCUCCGUUUUGGCUUUUAAGAAAAGGGAUGGAUUUGGAUUUCACAUAU